CCUCACUAUGAACAUGUUCUCUAGCGACAUACACGCGACGAACAUGGUUUUUCGGAGAUUGAGCCAGUUUUGCCAUACGCCAAUGUGCCGUGAUAGCUAUUGGUACCCUAGCCAUUCGGUACAAUCAUUUACGACCAGUCCAUCGAUGAUGCCUACCCGUAAUGUACUGUACUACUCAAAUUAAACGGGCUCAUCCAAAAUUACAUUUCUAACUUACCCUUCGUUUGAGGUGCAAUAUUACAUUGAAGGUAGUACCUACAACUGAACGAACCUAAUACCUAUACCCAUUUUAGGAUACGGAUAUCAUCAUGUACCUAUACUUCUUCAACCUUACAUGAUGCUUUGUCCUAGUAAGUACCACGUACUUUUUCUACUGGUGUGAUAUUCUAAGCUUUUCCGCGAUCCUCUAAGACUUUCCUUCUGAACAAUUCUUGUCUGUUCACUAGUGGUGGGUGCUCCGAAUCGGACCUACCCGAUUCCGAUUCCGUGUUGGGAAUCAAUUCCGGAGCCGAUUCCGAUGCUGGAAUCGAUUCCGAUUCCGGAGCCGAUUCCGAUUCCGGAGGCGAUUCCGGAACCGAUUCCUAUUCCGGAGCCGAUUCCGGAAUCAUCUUUGGAGCCGAUUCCGGAGUCGAUUCCGAUUCCGGAGCCGAUUCCGGAAUCGAUUCCGGAAACUGAUUCCGGACCUACUAUCCGGAAUCGAUUCCAGAAAACUGCGGAGCUAGCCGGAAUCGAUUCCGACAAAAACUUCAUUUUUCCCAUCACUACUGUUCACUCACCUUAAGCUCGCGCCGCAAUCCUGCUUUAGCUGCUAUCAUCAUGACGUUCAAGAGAAAGAGGCGAAAUAACUUCUUACGAGCCAAAACUUAUGUCUAACAUAUCAUCAACAACAUGUCCAGAAGCGUGUGAGUUGUUGAAGGAGACACACGUGCCUAGCCAGUGAAGUAUCCUGCUGAGAGCAAAGGAAAGGAAAUUGUUAAGAACUUUGGGCAACCAUCAUCCAAAUUCCUCUUGCGAUCAGUUCGGAAAACAAAAAGUAUUUUUUCUAUCGAGUGGUGAAAAAUGAGCAACGAUGCCGGGGCCACCGGCCACCUCAGCUGGUCUCUCCCCGCACCCUGGGAGGGAGCAAAGGGGGAGAACGCUGCCAGCAUUCAUGGAUCCCAACAACGAGCAUGGAGAGAAGCGGUACCUGAUCAUGCGCACAGCAGACGGAUCUCCACUUCCGACCAAUCCCUGGAUCUUGAGCGAAACGGUAAAGCGCAUCCAAGGUAAGGUAGUAAACGGUAGGCUGAUCAGCCCCUCAACCUAUUUAAUAGAAACCCGAUCCGAACACACCUACACUAACCUCCAAACGGUCACAAAACUGCUGAACAAUGUGGCGGUCGUUGUCGAGCCGCAUCCCACGUACAACAAUGUGAAAUUCGUGUUCACGUGUGGCUCGAUAGCCUCGCUCACCGUGGACGAAAUAAAGGCCCAUCUCGAGGAAGAUAAUGUCACUGACGUAUAUCGGUUCACGCGCAAAUCGUAUGGCAAAUCGGUGCCCACGAAUUCAUAUGUAGUGACAAUGCAGGCAGUGAAAAUACCUGAAUACAUCUACAUCGGCAUGGAGCGCAUCAAGACUCGCGUUUACUAUCCACGUCCAAUGCGCUGCAACACGUGCUUGCAGUUUGGCCACACCAAAAACAAUUGCAAAAAUGGCGAAACCUGCGCAACGUGUGGCGAAAAAACCCAUGGUCCGUGCACACUGCCGGCAAAGUGCACAAACUGCGGUGGAGCACACAGUGCUUUCGACACCAACUGCCCCAAGUACAAACAAGAAGCUCAGUUGAUAAAACUGAAAAUCGACCACAACUGCUCCUACCGUGAAGCCAAGCAGAUGAUCGACAGUUCCUCUGGACCAAAACAAACGCUAGCUAGCACGGUGCAGCAGCGUAUAAACGUAGCGCAAGCCGUCGAUCCGAAAGAUCAAAUUAUAAUCAGCCUCACGCAAACGAUUGAAAAUCUGAACAAGCAGAUCGCGCGACUAAACACUCGCAUCGACGAACUGCAUCAAAGCAGCAGCUCUGAACAGCAAACUGAUACAGAUACGGAAACCGACUACACCAUCACAAGCAUACCAACCACCGGCUCCACCUUAACCUCAAAACACCAACUCUCCCUUUCAUCUUCUUCCUCCUCCUCCUCCGAAGAGGGUGAAGCUGUCAAAAUACCAGCAACAAAGAAAUCAAAACUCACCUCGAAAUAAAUUUUUUUUUACUGA